AUGGGGCCGGGUACCAGUUUUUCGUGUCCCUUUUUACCUGCACUCGAGGAGCUUUUGUCCGCGGCCGACACAGCUGACGGCGAUGUUCGCUCAGUUCCACCGUUGCCGGUGUUGUUAAAUAAACGCGGAAUGAGAUUAAAAAUUUUCGAUAUUAUCCGGGUUAUUAGCGGCGACGCUUUAGUGACAUUUGUGGUAUUUGUUGUGGUGGAAAUCUGUUUCAUUCCGGUGACGAUGAAGUCGGUGGUGUCGAGAUUCUUGACGGAUAUCGUGGAUUUGAUAUUCACGUGCGUGGCGAGCGUUGUUUAUGAAGACGAACUCAACUAUAUACUCGACGAGGUAUGUUGA